CGGAGUCCGCCCCGCCCCCCCCGUUGAUUACCGGUCGUGGUGUCACACGUGACCCAGCCGGGUGGCAGCGCAGGCAGCAGCGGGUCGCGAGCGCCCUUCGCCGCGGUCAGGAUGUCGGGCAAGGACCGGAUCGAGAUUUUCCCCUCGCGGAUGGCUCAGACCAUCAUGAAGGCUCGUUUGAAAGGGGCCCAGACAGGUCGCAACCUCUUAAAGAAAAAAUCUGAUGCUCUGACUCUUCGAUUCCGACAGAUACUAAAGAAAAUCAUUGAGACUAAGAUGUUAAUGGGUGAGGUGAUGAGAGAAGCUGCAUUCUCACUUGCUGAGGCAAAAUUUACGGCUGGAGACUUCAGUACCACUGUGAUCCAGAACGUGAACAAAGCUCAAGUCAAGAUCAGAGCUAAGAAAGACAACGUAGCAGGUGUAACCUUACCAGUGUUUGAGCAUUACCAAGAAGGAGGGGACAGUUAUGAGUUGACUGGUUUAGCUAGAGGUGGGGAGCAGCUGGCAAAACUGAAGAGGAACUAUGCCAAAGCAGUGGAGCUGCUUGUAGAACUGGCCUCGCUCCAGACUUCAUUUGUUACGCUGGAUGAAGCUAUUAAGAUAACGAACCGGCGUGUGAAUGCUAUUGAACAUGUGAUUAUUCCCAGGAUUGAGCGCACACUGUCCUACAUCAUCACGGAGCUGGAUGAGAGAGAGCGAGAGGAGUUCUACAGGUUAAAGAAGAUCCAGGAGAAGAAAAAAAUAUUGAAAGAGAAGAAUGAGACAGAGCGGGCCUUACGGAAAGCUGCUGGGGUGGAAUAUGAACCUGCCAAUCUCCUAGCAGAAGAGAAGGAUGAAGACCUUCUCUUUGAGUAGCUCCGUUGGAGGAGACGACCCAGAUGGCAGUGUGUUAACUGAUCGAAUUGUGGACAUGCUUUCUGGAUACUUAGUGGCUCUUCAUUUGGUGUAUU